GGAAGCCAGUGGCACUCUGGCAUUCGAUGUAGCGAGCGGUUCGUGUAUUAAGUGAUUCCACGUAGCUGUGAUUCGGUGAUGCUGUUGCUCUUGUUACCUAAAUAACGUUUGAAGACAUAAAGACUGUGUAUUUUGUCUUAAAAUCCCCUGCACUGUGAAUCGCGUGAAGGUGGCAACCCACGUCCAUCUUUUUGCUUAGGGUGUACUGUUUUCUGAGAGGUUAAGGGGAAGUGUUUAAAACAAAGUCAAAUGAAAAAAGAAAAUGUGUUCGUUCCUUUUUUAUCGUUUUUGUGUUCUUGAGAGUAAAGGACUCGUGCUGUUACCAUUGUCAGUGGGCGUGAUGGGUUGAGCAGGGGCGAAGAUGGAGAUGCACUUCUCCACCCUUUUGCAUAUGAUUGUUGCUCCUUUUCAGCCAUCGCAGCAAAUUAGCGAGAAGAGCUUGGAAGCUACUCUCAAAAUAGCGAGUGUCGUUUGUAUGAAAGUAUUUUGGUGAGCGCCAAGUGGAUGCCAGGACUCUUUUGUCACAUUUAUUUGUUUGUUGGAGAUGUCCCAGUUUCACUGUUGAAGAUAGUGGGAGGAUAAUGCGGGGAAGUAUGGGAAGGCAACUUAGAUUUACUAUAUAGAAAGUGACAGUGUUUUCUUCUUCUUUUUUCUGUUUAUGUGUAACCGCUGGUACCGUAGAAAUAGUGCACACCUGCGUUGACACCUGUGUGACUUGUUAGAGAUCCGGUUUAGUGUUCGUGACGUAUCAAGUAAAACAACGUCGACUGUUCUGGUUUGGCAAAAUUAUGAUAUACCAAGAUUUAUUUUCAAACUAGGACCGUUAAUUGCUUACAUUUUAAUACGUGAAUCUAUGAAAAUACGAGUAUGUUAAAAUGUUGUGGAUUCUUCGUAAAAUCAGGCAAAGGAAAUAUGGAAGCGGGUAAUAUGUUAUAGUUAUUGUCAAUGUUAACUAUUCUUUGCAUGUAUCAUUCUUUAGUGAGUAGCGAACGUUUUUAUGAUGAAACGUUUUGGAGUGAGGGUCAAGAGACAAAUAAAACUAACAUGACCUCCUCCACUGUUCCGGGUACACCAGCUAUAGAAUUGCAUGAAACGGACCCUCAAGAGACAGAUCUCGAGUGUCCUGGGACAGUUCCAUAUUCUAGAGAAACCGAGCAAGCAGCGGGAACAGAAGUCAUCGACUUGCUAGAAUGCGAUGAAGAAUGUGCCAACGAGAGCGAAUGUACGACGGAGAAGCAAGAAUCGCAAAUAUCGUUUCGCGAUCACGAUUCUGAAUCAACGUCGUAUCACGAUGCAAGGUCAAGUUUAAGCCUAGUGGCGGAUUUAAUGUCAAGCCAAGAAGAAGAGAUUGAAUUAGAAGCAGUGGAAACAGAAGUUGAGAAAGAAGUAGAAGAAAAUGUGGAAUGUGAGGUAGCUCAGAGUCCAGAUUUGCAUGCAGAUACGGGAGCAUUGAAAAAUGAACCUGCCUUAUUAAGAGUAAGUGAUUCCAAGGAGGUUGAAAAUAAUUCAAUUAUUGAUCAAGAAUUGAAAUCUCCUUCAGAAGAUACCACUUCUAAUACUCAUAGUUUUUCACAUACUAUCGCUGGUGAAGAUUGCCAGUCCUCGUCCCAUGUUAAAUGCUCAAAUGACAUCACCACUGAGGUUAAGAGGAAGAACCGUAUUGGUGCCAACCGCAGCCAAGCAAAGCAGAUUGAUUCAGCUUCGAAAUCGGAUUCACACGAUAAGUGCUCUUCGUCACACCAAAAGAUGUUACUUCUUGGGAAGGCAGCAGCACCUGGCCAAUACCAGAGUACCACACUAGGACGUCCUGGACGUAAAGCUCGCCGUGUUCCAGGGCCUGUCGCACCUUCUAAGGCGGCCAGGGAUAAUCGUUCAAAAACCGAACCACCUCCAGAAUUGGCCCCUCCUGAUUUACUACAAGUAUCUUGGGUAUGGGAAACGCGAUCGCCAACGAGAUCAUCCUCAGUUCGUCGACGGCCCUCUCGGCGAGUUUCUUGUAGGAGGAGAUCUCGCCCUUUCCUGACUCCUCGUAGGGCAUCGGUUAGUAGAGGUGGUAACUCUCCAAAGCGGAGGUUUUCUCCGACAAAUAACCGCCCCUAUGGAGAAGUCAGAGAAAGUUCACCGGAUGAGGAGAAACCGAAUGAAAAGUUACAGCCUACUGGCCCUUCUCAGGAUUCCAGUGUUGGUGUCCCUCCCCCAGAUGUUCUUUCCUAUGAUCAACGGGUCGAUUCCCCUUCGAAAAAAUUCCUGCCUUGUUGUGAUACUCAGAACGUUAUUUCCUGCAGUACUCUUCCCCGAAGGGUAGAGGAACCCAAGGAAGAAGUCACUUUGCGUAAAAAGAAGGAUUCAAAUUAUUUUCAAAAUGCCUCGAGGGCUCUCAGACAGAAGUGGCGUAAUUCGGAGAUCGUAUUUCCGAAAUUUUUUACCGAGUCAAUAGAAAAUCUUAAAAAUGUGGGUGGCAGUGGUAGUGAGCAGAGCAAAACGAAGGACUUAAUUGAAAAAGCCAAAGCGCUGCCGCUUCAAGUUCGUAAGUUCUCUCACUUGCUCUUUAACAAGAAUGGUAGACAUAUGGACCACGUGGACAUCUACUUAAAUAAGUCAGAGGACAAUAGACCUGCCUUGUUUCUUGAGCUGAAAUCAGGUCUCUCAUCUCGUCUUGUCAAAAGACGUAAAAGUGUGCGAAGAUCAAACGGCAUAUCUGUUAAAAGGCAGGGAUCCUUCUCACCGGGAAAUAGUCUGAAGCGAAACAAUUUAAUCAAUUGGAGUCAGAGAUAUCAAAAUGUGAUGGGUGGUCGAGGAAGCGAUGAGGAGACAUUCGAAAAUACCAGUGAUUGUAGAGAAGAGUGUGCUCCCUCCAUCCACGUCACAGAGGCUGAUAACGAAGACGAAGCAUUUGUCUCGGAGGAGGAUGACGUUUCUACAGAAGGAAGCGUUUUCCUUCAUCCACUCCAGCAGCAAAAAGGUGGUGUUCUUGGGAAGCUCUUCCGACGCAUGAGAGCUCGCUCUCUCUCCACCAGCCGAUCAUUUGCAUCAAGCCGCAGUAGCAUGAGUGGUGGAAGUGAGGAUGGCCACUCCCCGUCACACUCCUCAGAUUAUGAGGAUCAGGAUGAUAAUGAGCGGUCGGGAUCAGCUUCCUUGGUUGGACGUAUGCGCGGACUUCGUCGUGAUAUGCAGAAGAAAAUUUCUCGUUUGAAGAGCCCAAGAGGCAGUACUUCAAGCUCUCCUGGACCCUUACCAGGAGACAAGGCUGGUUCUGGGGGUUUGCCAUUGUCAGGCCAUCCACAGCAACAGCAGCAACCUGCAGCUUCGUCAUUUGAAAGUCUUCCCUCAUCAGCUCCUGUGGCAUCAACUACAGCUUUAGGCAGUAACAGAUCUUCUUUAUCUGGGGAAGAAGCAGAACCAUACACUGGGCCAUUUAUUGGUAGAGCAAGGGCAUUAGUAGACUGUCAGCCAUCACCAUAUGAUAGAGAUGCUCUUAAGUUUAAGAAAGGUGAUAUAAUAGAUAUAAUUGCCAAAAAUCCCUCUGGAUUGUGGAAGGGAUGUGUAGAUGGACGAGUAGGUCAUUUUAAAUUUAUUUUGGUUGAAGAAGAAGUAGAGCGCCCAACUCGUCGUAGUCGUCCCUGGCGAGGAUCAACACCCCGCCGAGGGAGAGCACAUACUCUUGAGGAACUCCUUACACGUCUUCAUCUUGGGCAUCUCAUUCAGGUAUUUGUUCUCAACGGCUAUGAAGACCUUGAGCAAUUUCGUGAUGUGGAAAAAGCAGAUCUAGACUGCCUUGGAAUAACUGAUCCAGAAACCUGUGCCAAAAUUUUGACUGCUGUGGCACUCCUCCAUGAUGCAGAUUCAGAACCUGAACAGGAUUUACCAGAAACCUUAGAAACAACUGAGGUAGCCUUACGCAGAGGUGACCAUGGUAGAGAUUCAGGUUGUUACACAGACCAUCGAAGUACUGCUGUUGUAACCUUAGAUGAAAAUAAUUUAGACACAAGACAAUCCACUCCUUCUACUGACACAUCUUCUGGUUAUCAUUCCCGGGGUGCUUAUAACAUUCCACUAGGGGAAGCCACUUUAACAUCUAGGGAUGAUCACAGUUCUGCUCUUGAUUCACCUUCUUCUGAAUCAGCCCCUACGAGUGGUACAGGCCAACCUGGACCACACUCUGAACCCCAUUCAUAUCGUGCCCACCUUGCUACCGUCCUACCUGCCAGCCCAAGAGCAAAACUACGUCAACAGCAAGAUCAUAAGCAGAAGCAGGAUUCCCAAGUGGACUAUGAAGCAAAGUAUGUUACAGCUCGCAAUGUUUUUGAAAAAGAGGUACUGAAACGAGAAGUACCAUUUACAGUACGCUCUCCUAAACGUAAUUCAGAAUCUCAAUCUCCAACAGAGGAAAUAGAAAAUGAGGAAAAAAGUGAGGAGUCAAGCGUAGCCGUAGCAGAAGAGGCUUCCCCUUGAAAAUAACAAAUAGAAAAGUAAUUAUCAAAAUGCAGUGUCUGCCUGAAAAAGUACUUCCUCCUCAUAAACAUUGGUCCUUAAACCCUUUGACUAUUAUUUAGAGCUCUAAAGUAAAGAAGCUCUUGGUAUCACAUUCAGUGUGGUUCUGCUACCCCACUCUAAUUUAAAAAUACUGGAAACGAAAAUUUUAGUCUUUGGUGCAUCGCAAAUUAAUUUUACCUGCUUUAAAUAGUCAUUGGUACAUUGCCGAUUAAUUUUAUCAGCUUUACAUUAACAAUAGCAAAGUCCUCAGUAUGAAGUACUUACUCUAAAUAUGAGGCCACCAGUGCAGGGAGAAAAAGUCAAAGUCAGUGAUAGAUAUUAAACACAGUAUUUAUGUAUUAGACCCUAUUUAUAUUAGUGACUCCUGUGAUGUGGAACCUAUCUGAAUCAAGACAAAUUCCUCUGUGUAGCUUGUACUGUCAGGUAGCUAGAAAUAACAAGGGAAUUCGUACUUAUAUUCCUAUUUUCAGAAGUUUCCCAAGUAAUGAGUGGUGCAGUGCAGUUCCUGUUCUUUAGUCUCAAGGGUUUUUCUAGACGUUCCUGUUCAUAGGAAUAUAUGGCUGGGAGGAAUAAACAACCAAUUUGUAUAGCCUGUCUUUCACUUUGUCUUAAAAAAAAAAGAACUAUAUCCAAUACCAUAUCAUUUUAUAGAUUACUGAAUUAUCAAAUAUUACCAUAAUAUUGUAAACAAUCUCAAAGAUUGUCCUUGUAUUUAGAUUUGAAUCUGUAAUAUAGUUGGUGAGAAAUGUGUAAUGUGGAGUGCAAAUUAUCAUGCCAAUUCAAAUUCUUCCUUGUUGUGAUCAUAUAUACUGUAAUUAUUGUUCCUGUAAAAGGUAUAUAUAAAUAUAUAUCUUUUGUACAUGUGUUCUUAUAUAUCUGCAUACCUUUCAAAAUUAAUUUUUUGGCAUUAAAAUCUUGAUUUAAUUUUUAUACAAAUUUUGUGUUGAUGUAAGUUCACCACCUGUAGCUGUUUUUAGCUGCAUAUUGUAAUUUUGUCAUUACCACCCUCCAAAUUAUGUCUUCAACUAAGCUUUAUAUGAAUAGUUUCUUACAGUAAAGCUUUUCCAUACUCCUUUUUUUAAGACUAAUUAUUAGUUAUUACGCAAGCUGUUAAAAUAUGAGUGAACUUAUAAUUUCAAUUUAAUUCCUUAUAAACAUUCACCAUAAUGGACUUAUGUAAGUACAGUAUUAUUUCUGAUAUCAAUAGUGCGCUUCCCAAAAGGUCACAACACCAUAUCUUAGAGUCCGGUAUUUCCUAAUUAAACUAGUGGAAUUUUAAUCUUCCAACUUUUGUAUUGUACAGAAUUAUGUGUCAUUGCUAUUUGUAAAUAGUCUUAUAUUAAAAUCUUAUUUGAACUGA